UUCUCCUUUCAUUUGUGCCGAGGAGUGCCAAGCAUUUAACCGAGAUUUUAGCGACUUUUCUGUCCUCGAGUGCUUUACUUUCACAAACCACAAAAUUCAAGAUUCACCAGCUCUCGACACCUUACAACUUUAUCUCGCGACAACCUCGCCGUAAGGCCAAGCAGGGUAUGACCAAUACCAACAUCCGAAUCUACGAUGGCAAAGAAGAAGAAGGUCGCAGCUGAAGCCGAGAACUUUCCCCCACAAGCAGGGUGCGAGGGAAAAGAGAAGAUGAGCGAUGAAAUCGAAGAUAUUUCGAAUAAUGAUUGCCUUGAAAAUCUUUUCCGAGAAGACACAAUUCGCGAAGUUGAAGAUGACGACCGGACGAAAUACCUACACGCACAAACAGCAGAGACAGUCGGCCUAGAGUCGAUGACUGCUUCGAUUGCUGCAGUCUCAAUCACGUCGAUUGCUGCCGAUACAUCGCUCGGAUUCAUGGCUUCGAAGCACUCAUUUCUUCAAUCGACCCACACAGAAGUAGUUGAAUCUGAACCCAAUUCCUCCUUUCCCCCAAAAUCUCGAGCCGGAAAGGGAGACUUUCGAACACAGUCAAUUGGCUUGCAGCACCAACUCGAUAAGAAAGAGAAAGAACUGAAGGGCACAAAGCAGCGUGUCGUGGCGGUCGAAGCAAAUUUGGAAGCCUCCAAGGAAGAAAGCCAAUCCCUCAAAGCCAGGAUAAAGGUUCUGGAGACAGAGAGGUCAAAGAUGAAGACAGAAAAUCGGCAACUUCGAACUCAAGUUGGAGAGCAUACAAAAGUAGUGGCCACGUUGAAGGCGCAGCAUAAAGAAGACUUGAGAGCAUCGAAGGAGAGAGAGGAAGCUGACAGUGAGAUGUUGUUCGAGGCUUUGAGGACAAAGAACGCUCUGACCGAAGCGCGUCGGAUUCUGGCCGAGCAAGAGUUCAAGCGGUCAACGAUCAUGCAGCUUCAGACUGAGCUUGCACAAAAGACAGCUGCAAACCUGAGUCUACGCAAUUCUCUUGUGCAAGCGGAGCAAAAUCGUUUACAAUCUGAAAAUCAAUGUACAAUCUAUGAGCAGGCAUAUGAUGCUGCUCAGAAAGAGUUAGCUCAAGAACGAGAGGAGAGCAGCAAAUGGUACGAUACCGAACAGGCCCUUCGACGAAUGAAUGCAGAUAUCUCGAAUCAGCUGGUUCAAGAACAGCAAAACCAUAGAAAAACGAAGGUUCGGCUGAGGAUCGAGACUACGUGUCUCCGACAAACUGAACGAGCCCAGUCGAGCAUAGAAAUGGAUCGUCUCGCACAGCAGGAACAGGUUGCUGAGCUGAAGCAGAAGCUGGAGGGCCAGCAGCCAUUGGUAAACGUCGGAGUGGCGAUCCGUCUACGAUACUUGGAGAAAGAAAGAGCACUUACUUAUGGUCUUUCGGGAAAGGAUCUCGACAAGAACUUGAUCAAAGAGGGAAAUAUUGCGGCACAUCAACCAGACGGCGAGCAAGAUGCAGCUCUUUUCAUUUGCAAUUUGGUACCAGCAGAGAACUCUUUUGAUAUGUCUGAAAUCUACGAAGAAUUAUAUGGGACACCGCCACCAGACUCCAGGGAGGAUUGAUGAAGAUGGAGGAGUACUAGACAAUGUUAGAUUAAGGAUUGGAG